AUGAUUAUCUUAUUGACGAUGGAGUUUUUAGUAUUGGCAAUUAUAGGUGCAACGUAUGCUUCAGUACUUUUUGAGCCACUGGCACAAUCAGUAAGAAAUAUGAGAAAAGUAAACAAUAGAUCAACAACCUAUAGCAAUGCUAAUACUUUUAAACGUAAGAUUAAAAGAAGCUCAAGAAUCAAACUAACAAAACCUAGAGUCAAAAGUGGUAAAAAUCGUAUGCAAUGGCAAUCUGACCAGACUAUGACACCUUUUACUACCACAGGACAAAGGUCAACUGGUGUACGUCCACGUAAAACCACAAAUGCCAUUUGGAUCAAUGAAACUUGUGCUGAUGAAGAGCCACCUCCUUAUUCUGCACGUGAAAAAGGAACACGACGGAAAAAGCUCAAGUUGAAAUUGAGAUCAAUAUUUAGAAUUAAUUGA